UUAGAGAGAGAGAGAAUCCCUUAUAGGGAUCCAAUGAGACCCCAUUUCACGCUUCUUUGUUACUGUUUCAUUCCAUAAUUCUAAAUUGAAAACUCCCUCAUCCUCAUCCCUCACCCUCACCCUCACCCAGGAGGUAUGGGGAAGAUAGAAAAAAACAAGAACACCCCAACACCACUACCUUUUCUAUCAUCCUUAAUGUCAUCAUCAUCUGUGAUGGCUACCCUCCUGGUCCUUCUCUUUGCCUUCUCCUCUCUCCUAGGCCUUGCUUCAUCCUUCACCCCAAAAGACAGUUUCCUCGUUGACUGUGGUGCAGAAACUGCUCUCACCCUCCCUGAUGGCAGACAAUUCAAAUCAGACCCUCAAGCCUCUUCUUUCCUUCAAGCCAAUGAUGACUUCAAAGUCAAAGCAGAAGGUGUCAAUCUCCCUUCCCCGGUUUACUCCAAUGCAAGGAUCUUCAUCCAAGAAGCUAAAUACUCCUUCCAUUUGGUCCAACCAGGGUUUCAUUGGAUCAGGCUCCAUUUCUACCCCAUCAAGAACAACGUCUUUGAUCUCCAGAAGGCCACUUUCUCUGUCUACACAGACACCAAUGUGCUCCUCCACAGGUUCAACGUCAACAACACUGACAAGCCAAUCCUCAAGGAGUACCUCAUCAAUGUGACUCAGCCUCAGUUCACCUUGUCCUUCAUUCCUUUGAAGAAUUCAGCUGCAUUCAUCAAUGGUCUUGAGGUUCUCUCAGCUCCAGACAACCUCAUUUUCGACACCGCCGCCGCGCUUUUUCCGGUGGAGGAGUUCACCGGCCUGGCCACCUACAGCUUUCAGUCUGUUUACAGGCUCAACAACGGAGGCUCUCUCAUAAGCUCAUCAAAUGACACCCUUGGAAGGACUUGGGAAUCUGAUGAGCCUUUCCUCACAAACAAGAACUUGGCCAUGAGUACCUCAGUGGCUACCUCAGCUAUUAAGUACCCCAAAGACACUCCAACCAUUUCUCCUCUUGUGGCACCACCAACUGUGUAUGCUUCUGCCACUGAGAUGGCUCAGGCUACUGUCAAUCAGCCAAAGUUCAAUGUCUCGUGGAAAUUUGAUGUGGACACUGCUUUUAGCUACCUUGUUAGGCUCCACUUCUGUGACAUUGUCAGCAAAGGGCUCAAUGAACUCUUCUUCAAUGUCUAUAUUAAUGAGAAAAUGGCAAUGCAUGAUGUGGAUUUAUCAGCCCUCACUAGUGCCUUGUCAACCCCAUAUUACAAAGACAUUGUGGUGAAUGCAACAUUGAUGACUAAGGGACUAACUGUGCAGGUUGGUCCAACGAGUACUGAUGAUACUGGUGGCAAUGCCAUUGUGAAUGGCAUAGAGAUCUUCAAGAUGAGCAACUCUGUGAACAGUUUGGAUGGGGAAUUUGGAGUUGAUGGGAGAAGUGCUAGUGGUUCCAACCGCGGCACGGUGGCUGCGGUUGGAUUUGCUAUGAUGUUUGGAGCUUUUGUUGGUCUUGGUGCCAUGGUGAUCAAGUGGCACAAGAGGCCUCAAGACUGGCAAAAGAGGAACAGCUUCUCCUCAUGGUUGCUGCCUCUGCAUGCUGGUGACACAAGCUUCAUGAGCAGCAAGAACUCAAUGGGGAAGAGCAACUUCUUCUCCUCAUCAAUGGGAUUAGGCAGGUACUUCUCCUUUGCAGAACUUCAGGAAGCAACCAAGAACUUUGACUCCAAGAACAUCAUUGGUGUUGGUGGAUUUGGCAAUGUGUAUUUGGGAGUGAUUGAUGAGGGGACUCAGGUGGCUGUCAAGAGAGGAAACCCUCAAUCAGAACAAGGCAUCAAUGAGUUUCAGACUGAGAUCCAAAUGCUGUCAAAGCUUAGGCACAGGCACUUGGUGUCCUUGAUUGGAUACUGUGAUGAGAAUGAUGAGAUGAUCCUGGUUUAUGAGUACAUGCCUAAUGGACACUUCAGAGACCAUCUUUAUGGAAAGAACAUGCCUGCUCUCUCAUGGAAGCAAAGGCUAGAGAUCUGCAUUGGAUCGGCUCGAGGCCUUCACUACCUUCACACUGGCACGGCUCAGGGCAUCAUCCACCGCGACGUUAAGACCACCAACAUCUUGCUUGAUGAGAAUUUCACAGCCAAGGUUUCUGAUUUUGGACUCUCAAAGGAUGCACCAAUGGGGCAGGGUCAUGUUAGCACUGCUGUGAAGGGUAGUUUUGGUUAUCUUGACCCUGAGUACUUCAGGAGGCAGCAAUUGACAGAAAAAUCUGAUGUGUACUCAUUUGGGGUGGUUCUGCUUGAGGCACUAUGUGCAAGGCCAGCCAUCAACCCUCAGUUGCCAAGGGAGCAAGUAAACUUGGCUGAUUGGGCAAUGCAGUGGAAGAGGAAGGGCUUGCUUGACAAGAUCAUUGACCCUCAACUUGUUGGUUCCAUCAAUCCUGAAUCUAUGAAGAAGUUUGCUGAGGCUGCCGAGAAGUGUUUGGCUGAUCAUGGAGUAGAUAGGCCUUCAAUGGGAGAUGUUUUGUGGAACUUGGAGUAUGCCUUGCAGCUUCAAGAAGCCUUCACCCAAGGAAAGGCUGAGGAUGAGACCAAGUUAUCUGCAGCAGUGCCUGCUGCAGCUGUUCCUACUUCACCUGUCCCACCAACACCGCCGACACCACCCACUCCUUCUGACAACCGCCCGGCUGCGCGGCCAGAAGUGAAUAACAAUGCUCCAGCUGAAGUGCAAUCUGUUGAAGACCAUUCUGGAACUGCAAUGUUUGCACAGUUUGGCAAUCUCAAUGGCAGGUGAAAGAAGCCUAAGUAAUUUGGUUUCCUGAAUGGAUCCACCACCUGGACUGAUGAAAAUUUGAUCAGGUUCAAGAGAUGUUAAAGUAACUGUGAGAAGGUUUGGGCCAAAAAGUUCAUGUGUAAUGAUGCUGUGAUACUGUAUGCUGUUUCUCUUCUAGGUGCUCUUGUUUUCUGUAUUGUGUGGGGUAUUAUUUUGCAUGCUAGCAAAGAAUUGUAUGAAAUAUGUAAGGUGAUUAACCUGUUGGUUUGUAAGUAUACAUGCACUCAACAGUACCAUUAAUCA